AUGGAUGAGAUCGAUGUUCCUCCGUUCUUUCUCUGCCCCAUUUCUCUAGAGCUCAUGAAAGACCCCGUUACGGUCUCUACUGGAAUAACCUACGACCGCGAAAACAUCGAAAAAUGGUUGUUUUCCGGGAAAAACAAUACCUGUCCGAUCACAAAACAACCACUUUCAGCCGAGUGUGAUCUAACACCAAACCACACUCUCAGGCGAUUGAUCCAAUCAUGGUGCACCGCCAAUGCUUCUCAUGGCAUCGAAAGGAUUCCGACGCCGAAGCCUCCAAUCAGCAAAAUCCAGAUUGCCAAACUCUUCAACAAUGCCAAAUCCACAGAGUCGAAGAUAAAAUGCCUGCAAAAUCUCCACUCUCUCGCUUUCGAGAGUGCAGCCAAUAAACGUUGCAUGGAAGCUACCGGCGCGGUGGUUGACUUCUUAGCUUCCAUUGUGUCAGCAGUAGAAGAAGAAGAAGAAGCUUCAAACGACGACGGGAUUGACAAAGCCUUGAGCAUCCUCUCCUGUCUCCAACUUUCUGAUGCCGCUCUAAAGAAACUUACUGGGAGAAAUGGCGAGUUCAUCAAAUCCUUGACGCGAGCCAUGCAACGUGGGAGCUACGAGACUCGCGCUCAUGCGGUUUUGUUGUUGAAAUCCAUGAUGGAAGUUGCUGAACCGAUGGAGAUGAUCAGUUUGGAAACUGAAUUCUUCGUCGAAUUAGUGCACGUCUUGCAUGAUCAGGGCUCAAAUGUGGUGUUAAAAUUGCUAAUCCAGCUUUGUCCGUGGGGAAGAAACAGAGUGAAAGCAGUGAAAGCAGGCGCAGUUACUGUAUUGAUAGAGCUUCUUCUUGAUUGUUUCGACCGGAGGGCUUGCGAAAUGACGUUGGUGGCAUUGUACAUGCUAUGCGGAUGUGCCGAGGGGCGGGUGGAGCUGCUCGGGCAUGCGGCGGGGCUGGCGAUUGUGUCAAAGAAAAUUCUGAGGGUUUCCCAGGUGGCGAGCGAGAAGGCGGUGAGUAUUCUGUUCGCCAUUUCGAAGUUCUCGGCAACUCCGGCGGUUGUUCAGGAAAUGUUGCAGUUGGGUGUGGUGGCAAAGCUGUGUAUGAUGCUUCAGGUGGAAUGUGGGAGCAAGGCCAAAGAAAAAGCAAAAGAGAUACUUAUAUUGCACGCUAGCGCAUGGAAGAGUUCUUCAUGUAUACCAAAAAGCUUUCUCUCUUCGUAUCCAUCUUGA